CACGUGCUUGCGCCUGUAUGCGUGUUUUUGUUGUGCUCGCGGGCCGCAAGUGUUUUUCCUAAACAUUCGUGUAGCGCGCGCAACAGGACCUCUCUCGUCACCGUUGGCCAACCCCCGGCUGUUCGGAAAUGAAUUAGCCCAUGUAAACAAAGUAGAUAGUGCACCCCUAAGCUAAUACCCCGAAACAACCUAGGAUAAGACAAUAUUCUCAGUCACGACAAAAAAAAGUAUCUAACGAAAUAUUGUGCAUUUCGUUCAAAAACGAAGAAUCCUCGCGCGGUGAUUAGCGAAAUUUUGGCCCAGUUUCCCCGGCCCCCCCACAGCACGUGUGUCUGUGUGUGUAGCCUACUUUGACCCGUGGUGUGUGUGUGUGCGCGAAUCUGUGUCAACAGUGGUCCCGACCCGACCAAGAUCACCCCACGAGACUCACCGACCGAGAGAGUCAAGCAGGCUCUGAGAAUUUUCGCGAGAUAAAUUGGCGGAGCAACAACUAACAACAAGAGAGAGUUAGCAGCAGCAGCAGCAGCAACAACAACAACAACACCCCCUCGUUUCCCCACCCUUCCUAGAACAAAAGAAAAGCGUGGAAAGCGGAAGAAGAGGAAAAAGAAGCGAAAAUGUCGGCGAACGAUGCAAACUUUAUGCUGUUUCCCAGCAUUAGCGAUUGUUCCUACGUUUCGUGCUACUGUGAAGAGAACGUGUGGAAGCUGUGCGAGCAGGUGAAGAGGACACAUCCGGCGGAACUGUCCCGAAGCUACGCCGUGUUCGUGUCGAACGAGCGGCGGACGGUGCCCCUGUGGCGGCAAAAGGCCGGCCGCGGCGACGAAAAGCUCGUGAUAUGGGACUACCACGUGUUCUACAUGCACAACCCGUCGCCGAACCGGUGUCUGGUGUUUGACCUGGACACGACGCUGCCCUUCCCGACCUACUUCCACAAGUACGUCACGGAGACGUUCCGCUCGGACUACGCGGUCACGCCCGAGCAUCACAGAUUCUUCAGAGUUAUCCCGGCGGAGAAAUAUCUGGCGGAGUUUUCGUCCGACCGGAGACACAUGCGUAGACCGGACGGAUCGUGGAUAAAGCCACCGCCCUCGUACGCGCCCAUUCAGACAAGCACCAACACCCACAGCCUGGACGACUUUAUCUGCAUGAAGCCGGGCAAGGGCCCGGGCAGCGUGUACGAUCUGCUCCACUUUGUGCAACAGUUCUACAAACCGCCGGACCGGAACAUCACCAAAACGCAGAACUAAAUUACGCUUACCGGGAAGGAGAGAAAGGAUUCGUAGUAGUUAAGCAGAGGGGAAGACGAAGAAGAAGAAGAAAAACUUUAUGGGGUGGGGAAGGUGAACAAGAAGAAGAGCAAACUAUUUCAAUGUAAUGCGCGCGUCCAGAAAACAAGAAAAAAAAAUCAUGUCAGCGACAGGUGGUUGCAUUUGAAACGUAUGUUUUUAGUGUUAUAAAUUAUUACGCAGCAAAGCGGUUAGAAAAUCUUUGCUGGGAGAGUGAGGAGGAUUACAAAUAAAUUGAUUAUUAUAUUCGAUAUAUUAUACAAACACGAAAACAAAAACGUUAGGUAACGAAAUAAAGAGAGUGCGAAAAAAAGCUGUAUUUAACGGAGUGAAGAAAUUAGGCAAAUUAAUUCCAGUGGAGCUAAUUAUUUGUUACUACAAAACUAUGGCAAAGAAUGAAUUGAGAAAAAAAUACUGAAGAUCAAAAAACAUACAAACACACACACACAUACACCUUUUUCAAACUUUUACUGCACAAUUCUUAACUUUAAGUGAUUACCAGUGAAACAAGAAUGUUGAAAAAAUUAAAGAAGAAAUGACUACUCAAAAGCAGCAGCAGCAACAGCUAACGAAGCAAAAUCUAACAACAUCAACAAAAAACGAACAACUUUUUUCUGCGCAACUACUACAAUGUGAUAUUAGUUAAACUAGCGAGUUGAUAUCGUUGAUCUACACCACCCUACCUUUAAUGCAAAUUCCGCCCAGUUUUUUUUUUUUUUUGUUAUAUUGUUUUGGUUCGGUUUAGAAUUCUCUCGAAAUGAAUACCUUAUAUAUAAAAAAAGUUCUAAAACGUGGGAUUGGUGGUUGUGCAUGUCGGUCGUCAGUUUUCGUAGGAUUUGCGUGGCAAGCAAGAGGUACUAAUUGAAUUCAGAGUCGUGAACUCGGGGCGGUUUGGGGCCAUAAAUAAGCGUUGCGUAGGACAAAUUCACGCAAAAGGGAAAAUAAAUAGAAAAAUUAUGUAAGGUAGCAGAGUUUUUUGUUGUUGUUGAAGUUAAUGUUGAUUAAACAAAAAGGCUCUUGCUAAACAUUGAGUAAGGGUUAAGAACUCUUCUUUUGAUGCAUUUUAGUAACACUUUUCAAGUUGGGAUAAAAAAAGGAAUUUCACGAAAAAGGCGUUUGGUUUUGGAUGCCGAUGAUUUGGCAUAAUAGCCAAUUUUUCAAUGAUUGGAACAUCCUCUAGGGGAAGGUGGGGCAAGACGACCAUAUGGGGCAAGAGGAACAAUCGCUUGUACGGCCGUAAUUUCUAUAAUUUUGAUUACAUCCAGCAUAAGAAUUUGUUGCUGGCAAUGCAAUUAGUUGAUUCUACUACCACAUAACCGCCAAAACGACGUAAACGCCACGGGGCAAAAGAUGUAAUGAAGUUUUUUUCAAAACCUUGGUUUUUUAUAAUAUUUGGAAAGUACAAAAUAAGGCUUAGGGUUCGUUUUAAGGCUUAUUUUAUCAAAAUGCCAUUGUUCCUAGAUCAGUGGUGUCCCUACCAAUGACUUGCACCUAUUAUAAAGAAUGAUUUAACUAUUGGUUAUUAUUGUUGAGAGCUUUUAAAAAAUCUUUUUCAGGUGGGGCAAGUGUACCAUAUGGAUUUUUAGUAUGGAAAACAUUACGAAUUGCUGAAACAACAUAUUUUAUUGGGAAAUAAAUACAUAAACGUACUUUAAAACUGAUAAACAAUUGUUAAAAAAAUGUCCAUACAAAAAAAGUGAUGUUAUGAAAAUUUCCUUUUUUCAUCUAAGUAUUUUUUUUUUCGUAGAACGAUCAAUUUUUUAGUAAAAUAUUAUUAUUUAAUUUAAAAAUUUAAGCAACGUUUCAAAUACAUCCUAAUCUGCUGUAUCGAAGUGACAACAGAUCAAUUGUAAGAAAAUUAACAUGUUGUUUCAUGCAUUGUUCCUCUUGCCCCAACGGGUUGUUCAUAUAGCCCCACUUGUUGAGGAGAACGUACGAAAAAUCAAAAUUUUUAAAAUCAUUUUUUUUUCACUAAAAAACUGGAUUUUUUGAAAAUUUGUUCUAUCAAAGGCUUAGUUGAGACCUGGAAUAAGAUGAUUGUAAAAAAUCGGACAGAAUUUUUAACGUUUUUAAUGGGUUAUAACAAGCAUUUUCUUAGCUUGUUACACUUGCCCCACUUUCCCCUACCGAAAAAACGAAGUUGACUUUAUAGCAGUCGGCCACUAUUGCUAGUACCAACCACUAGUGUCUUCCUUUUAACUUCGCCGUCCUGGGCUCCUAAGUGUUUGAGUGCGGCACGGAGCGAUGGUACCGGAGACCCAUAUUGACACUUAGAAUUUUAAGAGAGCCCGAAUCGGGGUUCGAACCAGCAACCUCUGGAUUGUGAGUUCAGUGAGCGGUCCGAUUGAUUUACACGAGCGGGACAACAUCCUCUACCACGUGGAACAGAAUCUCGAUUUUGAUAAAAGUGGAUAGUGAAAUCUCAAUGAAAAUAAUUUCAAAAUCAUAAUGACAAUUUUCUUUGUCAUUGUGGUUAUGUCUGUAGCAUAAUCCAUCCAAGUUUCCAUGUUUACAUACAUCAAAUUUACGCUUCUACGCCCGAUUUUAUCAAUACCAGCUGAGCAAACUCUCAAAAAUCGAUUUUUGAAUUAUUGAUUAUUUAAGUUUGAGAGAAAAGUGAUGUUCUCAGCGCUUUUGGAGCUCUGAAAAAAGAUUUUCGUUUUGAGAUUUUAAUCAAAAACUGACGAUCGAUAUGCAAUUCGCCAUGAUUAAACAAAACUGACGUUUUAGAUUCUAACUUUUUUGCACCCAUCUAUUUCUUCCACUAAGUUAGUUUGACAUGUGCUUGUCAGUGGGACUUCUCUAAACAACCAGCCAAAUUUUGAAAUAGUAACGCAAAGAUCAAAGCGUAAAAUCACACACACAAAAAUCACUCAAGAACUGAUAGAUGUAGCAGGAACCUGACGCGGGAAAAAGGACUGCAUUUUCACACACUUUAGAAUCUCGUCACCGGGAAAAAAAUUGAUGGUUAUUUUUUCUAUAUCUAGCUGCGUACACAACUCCGCUUUAUUUUGUAUUACUUUAUUCGCCAGAUUUACGUGUGUUUUUCCGAAAAUGUUGAAAAUGAGAGCAAACACAGAAGUAGUCAUCUAUUUGUAAAGACUAUGAGAUAUAGCAAAGCGAGAACAUUAUUUACUCCUAGUAUCAUAGAUAACCUUUCUAUAUUAAAAACUUUUUCUCCAAUUUCUUAUACCAGAUUAAUAUUACAACUUUUAUCAGUCUUAUAGAUACGCGUGAAUAGAAACAUUUAUAUUAACACACACGCGAACACAUUGCAAAGCAACUCAAUUUGAAAUUUGUGUGGUUGAAUUUUACAUCCUCGAACAGAAAAAGCACCAAAAUCUUGCCUCAAGUCAGAUUGUUUCGUUGAAUCUCCUGCUUUCCAAAUUCAAGCCCCAAAAUGUUGAUUCAGUUUUCCGACUGCCAAAAACGAAUCAAAAAAUUAGUAACGAAAAUCUGUACAUUUUAAACAGUGUAUAAUUUGCUUUGACUCUCCAACCGCCUAUCAUUCGCUUUCUCUUUACCGAGAGUAACACUGCAAUGAAAACGAACGUUAACAUUUAUAAGAGGGGAAAACAAAUCACAAACAACGGAGAAAACGACAACAUCAACUCUGGAAACAACAACAGCCGAAAGAAAAGAAAAAAAAAAACAAAUAAAGGAAAAUUGCGCUAGCAAAUCGAUGGCCACAGCAAACUAAUAUAGAUAAAUUAAUCUAUUUAGCUAAAAUACUUGUUACACACACUUAUUAUUCUAUACGUCGUGCUACUCUGAACGAUUGAUUGGCCCGAAGCGAUCGGAAGAAAUGGGAUUAGUUAAUUUUAAAUAUUUGCGAGCCAAAAUUUAAAGCUGCACACACACUGACAAAAACAAACACACACAGAUGUGCAUGCAAAGGUUAAAAAUAAGCGAAAUUUAACUGUGUAAAAUUAUCACGAAAAAAUCUGUAGAUGAUUUGUGGGUUUUUUUGUGGAUGGAGGUGAGAUUUUGUUAUUCAAAAAUAAUUAUUACGAUUUAUGACAAUUUUUCUAAACCAUAUCGAAUUAGGAACUUCUACCUUAGGUUGCUACGGGAAAGCAUAACAAGAAAAGCUUCCCAUUUGAAAUGUUUCACCAUGCGUGAAAUAUUUCAGGUUCUGACAAAAAAUCCACGCAAAAUGAAGCAUCCGUUUGUCAUUUGGUAUUCUGUUUAUUUUUUCGGUGUUUUUUUCUAGGUUUUUAUUUUAUUCAAAUUUUAGACUUUGAACCACUGACAAAUGGAUACAACAUUCAGAACAUUUGUUUACUUUGAGCUGUUCACUAUAUUAUAAUUUUUUUUUAUUGUUUUUCGAUCUUUAUGAAACUUUUUCUACGGAUUAACUGAAUGGAAAAUUGAGCAGGAUUUCGAAUACUGAAAAUGUUCUUCUUAAAAAAUUUAGAAUUUUGUUUAUAAACUUAUUUUUUGACAAUGUAAAUCGGACAUUCAACCAGACUUUUUGACAUUGGACAAUGUUUUCCAAGAUAUUAUCAUUGGAACUUCCAGCCAAAUCAUUUAUCAUAAAUUUAAAUCUUUGCUUGAUAAUCAAAGAUCGGAUCAAAAAUGUCCAAGAAUGAAAAUUGAUGAUAAUUUUCUGAUCUCUUCGAUGAUUUUCGUCACAGAUAGAUGAGAUGGCACAAAAUAUUUUUCAUAUAAAAAUGCAGUUUUUUUCUAUUUAUUAAAUCCUGACUUUUGACUUUUUUCGGAAACGGAGCAUAUUAUCAUUUUUUUUAAAUCAAUAUUGACUGAAAUUAAAUUUUACAAAAGAAUAUAUUUGAAAGAAAAAAUGAGUCAAAGCAUUCCAAAAAACGUUUUUUUUUUUCAGAAUAUUAGAAACUCGGUCAAAUUACAAUGUCCGUCAAAACACAUUAAAAAAUCGCUCUUUUUCGUGUCUGACAGUUCAUCAAACUCGCAAACAACUCAAAAUGUAUGUGUCUAUAAACAAAGACAAGCAUACAAAAAAAGAAGACAAACUGCCAAACUGUCAAAAAGUGCGAGUUUGUUUGUCAUAGUCUAAUACCUGCUUGACUUUGUGUAAGAUUAAAUUUUUUUAAAUAAGUUUGUUUGGAGAAUUAAAUUUACCCUGCCGUGCUUAACGCAUUUCACAGAACCUUAAGGGAAGGAAGAAUGCGCGGACAUACCGUAUCAAACGCUUCGAUUAACUAUUUGCAAUGAGGAGGGAGACUUUCUUUUCAAUAUUUUCUAUUAAAUAAAUUUAUCAGUUGAAACCUGGUUUGGGAUCUCAAUAUGUUUGGAAUCACAGAAUCUCAAACUAUCUCCAUAAGAAACCACUUUCAUCUACCAGUAAACUACGAUUUUACUAGACAAACAUUAAUAUAAAAUUGAAUAACUAGAAGCUUAUGAUGUAAACAUGAGGUAAACUGUAAGAAAGAAAAAAAAAAGUAACACAAAAAUCACCUUGAUUGGGUUCUGGCCGAUUGACGGGAGGUAUAAAAACAUAAAUGAGAAUAAUGUGAUUGCAUAUAGUCUUGUGGUUUACUGUAGUUUGUUUUUAUUGAAAAAAAAAAAACGUAAUGAUUUUUAUCAAAUCAAUUUUUUUAUAUGAAUAUAUUAACAAAGCAAAAAAAAGGCAAAAGGGAAAAAAGUAAUUAUAUUUACAUUAAACAAUAAUCAAAUUUAUCUAUGAAACGUGUGCGACUACUAAACCAACGCGAUUUGGGAAUCUGCAUUUAAGCGCUGCAACUAUCUUCCUUCGAAACCGGGCUUGUUUGUGUUGCACCGUUUUGAUUUUGUCACCAAAAAAGCUCUAUUACUUUACAAAUAGAUCGCCAAGUCUACACACACGAACGUCUUAACAAAACCUAUUUGCCUGUACCAGUGUUUAAGAGUUAGAAAAAAAACAGACCCACAACAAAAACUUGUUGAAUCCCAGAAGAGCACUUUACAUUUAAAAGCAACAUUUCUGAAACACUUUCAAACUAUUUUAAAACGACUCCUCGGCUAGUUUUUACAUGUACUCUUUAAAAAAGCAGGAAUGACUGUUAGCAAGGGAUAAACAAAACAAGAAAAAAAUUGUGGAGUAAUCCAAUGACUUGACAUAAAAUAAUUGUUUGCCCAGGGCAUUUCCAUUGCAUUAGUAGCUGUAUAGUUAAAAAAAAAACACAAACACACAGUUUUGAUAUAUCAGUACCACUUGAAAAGAGUACCUCUAUCUGUCAUCCCAAGCAAUUUUUCCUUUUUUAUUAAUUCGCAUAAUCCUGUUAUCGCUGUUGAAGCAAAAAACAAAUCUUACAUCUAUUUCUAUUUCUACACGUAGUUGUUAAGAUAAGCUCAGAAUAGUGAACAUCCCCACGCAAAACAUAAAAAAAUAUCUGUUGGCAUAUUCAUUUCAUUGUUAUUUGUCCUAAAAUCUUCUAUCGUCUAGAUGCAAUAUAGAAAAGCAAAAAAAAGAUACAUUAAGGUCAUGCAACCCAUUUUUGAAUAAUCAAUGCGUUUUGAUGUGCGUCUCGUAAUCCCUAAAUACUUACAAAAAAAAAACAAAGUUUGAUUCUAAUAAAAUAUAUACCAAAAACAAAUGGGCAAAAAUUGAAGUAUAAAAAGAAUAACAAAUUGUAGAAUUUUUAAAUGAAUUUGCUACCACAACAAAGAAGAAGCAAACAAACGAAUAA